UGCCGGGGGGACGCGCGGGGUUGGCGGUUGUGUGAGGCGGGAGGGGACGAGCCGAGUGCCGGCCGGAGGAUCGGGAGGGCGAUGUCAGAGAGGCCGGGCAGAGGGCUGGAGCCGCCGGCGGCUUUCGGGGGCAGAAUCGGACCAGAGGACCUGAUUCCCCCGUCACACUUCAGUGGUCGAACCCAUGCCCCACCGGUAGUGGACACAAACCCCUGGGCUGCUCUGUCCAAGGCUACCAAAGACAUCCUGGAACUGAGGCAAGAGAAUGAGCGUCUUAGGAGGAUGCAGGAGUCACCAAACAGAGGACGCUCUGAAUUUGAAAAGGAAAAGGUGUGCAUUGGAGCCAGGUCCUUGGAGCAGGAGUGGGCACUCCUCACCCAUGAGCUGGCCGAGCAGACGGAGAAGAGUGGGGAGGCACACCACCUGGAGGUGGGGCUACUGAGGAGCACAGUGGCCCAACAGGCGGCCGCCAUGGCCGAGAAGGACCGCCUGCUCGCCGGCCUGGGCGAGCAGCUGGGGGAGCUGAGGGCCGAGCUGCGGAGGCUGGAGGCGGGCCAGCAGCAGCGGCAGCGCCACCGGGACGAGGCGGAGAGGGGGCAGGGCCAGCAGCCGAAGCCUCAACUGGCGCGGGAACGGGACCGCUCUGUCCGGGAGGCCGGGAAGCAGCAGAGAGAGUUGGAGGAACUGGAGCAGCAAGACGGGUCGGCCAGACAGACAGAAGAGACGAGCAGGGAAAACCGGUUGCAGCUGUCGCCCGGGACAGAGUCUCUGGAUGAGGGUCGGGAUGCGCUGCCACAGAGGGUGGUGCAGUUGGAGGAGGAGCUGCGGCAGAGCCGAGAGAAAAGCCGGCGCGAGGCGGUGCACUGGAGGGAAAGUCUCGAGGUCGUGGGUCAGGAGCGGGACGCCCUGCGGGAAGAAAUGAGUAAAGCCAGAUGCAAGUUGGAAUCCCAAAGCUCCUUGAUCCAACAACUCCGCACCUACAUAGGACAACUGGUACCGGAUGAGAAGCAGCUGGAGGAGGCCCGGCAGGAGAAAGAACAGCUGAGCAUCAGGGUUCAGCAUUUGGAGAAGGAGCGAGAGACGCUGAGAGCCACAACAGAGCUCCUCAAUGUGCGCCUGGCGUCGCUGAUGGACAUUCUCGCCAUCCAGGAGAGCGACCACAGCGGAAAGUCUAAGCCAGAUAUCCAGAGCGGGGACAGUGGAAAGAAAGUAUCACUGGUGACUCGCUGGAGAGAGAAGGUGUUUGCUCUGAUGGUGCAGCUGAAGUCACAGGAGAUCAGUCACACCAACGACAUCAAUCGUCUCCAGCUCAAGAUUGCAGACCUGGAGGAGGAGCUUGCAGUGAAAGGUCGGGAACAUGCAGUGCUGGUCCACAGCUUACAGGACAGGACUGCAGAGGUGGACAUGGAGCGGGUGAAAAACCAGUGCCUCAGGGACGACCUGGCUGAUGCUGAGAACAAUGUGGUUCGGCUUCAGGAGAAGGCAGACCGAGCCGACAGUGCUCUCCGCCAUGUCCAAGAGCAAAUGAGCAGUUUCUACCAGAAGUUCCUGGAGCAGGAGGCAGAACUGAAGAAGGCCUUGUGUCAGCUGGUGAACCUGAGUCAGAGGGUGACCUUCGCCAACAAGCGGAUCGAUACCAUUCACGGGUUGUGUGCUCGGAAGGAGGCACUCGCUCGGCUUCAGCUGCAGGAGGGGAGCAGAGAGACAGGAGGAGACAUGGGCAGGCGCAGCUGCGAGGACCUGGAGAAGGAGCUCGAGCUGCUGAACGGCGAGCGGGACCUGUUGGCAGCUGAGCUGAAGCGGAACUCCCAACUGAUCGAGAAGAAGGUCACGGAGGCGCGGAUAAAGUUCGAGGCGGAGCUGAAGGACCACGCGGCAGCGGCCGGGCAGCUGGAGGAAGCCUUGGAAGAGAAGACUCGGCAGCAGCAGAGGUUGACCGAGCGGCUGACCGAGGCUCAGCAGGAGCUGGGCGAGGCUCGGGAGGCUGCUGAGGUCCUGCGGGCAGACCUGUGCCAGCAGCAGGGGAGGUACGAAGAAGCUCUGCGGGAGAAGGUGGCAGAGGUGGAGAGCCGCGCAGCCGAGCAGCUGUCCGAAAUGGAGAAGCGACUCAACGAGGCCCGCAGGGAGCACACCAAGGCUGUGGUGGCCCUGCGCCAAAUGGACCGGCAGGCAGCGCGGGACAGGGAGCGGCUGGAAGCCUGCGGAAGAUUACAGGAAGAGCAGCACCGGCGGGAGACCCAGCGCCUGAGUGAGCAGCUGCGGGAACUGCAACGGGACAAGAACCUUCUCGUGGCUACGCUGAGACAGGAAGGGCUGCUCAGUCAGUUCAAGAAAAGCCGAGCUAUCGCUAUCCACACCUCUGCUGCCCUGUCUGACCAAUCGGAGCCAACCAGAGGCCUACCUCAGUCGCCAGCAUCGAGGGCCAGAGCCAAGGACCCCAGUAAAGAUUCCCUUGCAGAGGUUCUCAAGGAACUGCAGGUGUUGAGUGCAGCAGUGAUUGCAGACCAAGAGGACAGAGAGGUGACAGAGGAGGAGGAAGAGACAGAGUAGGAGGGAAAGAACUUUUCCUUGAAGAUCACUACCUGACUGAUGAUCAAAAGAUUCCACAAACAAGAUUAGUUGAUAACUCGUGUCGAAGACUAAAGGUUGGAGCUCGUUCCUCCAGCAGCUCUCUGAAGUAGUUCUUCAUCACGCUGGUUUCCCUGUGGCACAGACUGGGAUAGCUGAGGCUCAUCUGAUGGUGCUCCUGCCUCUGAGACAACGCUGCAAGGUUUCGUUCCUAGUCCAGUGACUUGAGCACAAAAAUCCAAAGCUGCAGCCCCAGUGCGCAGUCGGAAGCUGUUCAUCAACACAGAUGAGACGUUAAACCAGCGUUAAAAAUGGUUACACACUGGGACACUGUUUGAGUCAAUGUAGGGGAUGAUUGCAUACUAAAUUGUAACCCCAUUACCAGCCAAAGACCUAACUUUGUGGAAGUUUAAGUCUGACAGCUGCUUUGUUUUAUACACCGUACCAUGGUUUAACCAAAAUGUUUCACUAACCAGUUUUCAGCUGUUGCAAUAUUUCUGAUAGGUUGGCUCUAAUUCCUCUAUUUUAUCACUGCAAACUAAAGAGUUUAUAUUUUGAAUAAAAUUGUUUUUUUAAUAAUAAAUCACAUCAUCAAUUUU